AUGGAGGCCAUUGCUCGCACUGCUAUGUAUCCUCAGUACCGCUGCAAAAACAUAUACCUGGUGAGGCAUGCUCAAGGUAUUCAUAAUGUGGAAGGCGAAAAGGAUCAUAGUGCCUACAUGUCGCCUGCGCUGCUUGAUGCUCACAUUACCCCUUUGGGUUGGAGCCAAGUUGAUAGCCUGCGAGAACAUGUGACAAAAUGUGGACUAGACAAAAAGAUUGAGCUGGUUAUUGUUUCCCCUCUAUUGAGGACUAUGCAAACUGCAGUGGGGGUCUUUGGUCAUGGGAGCAAUACUGAUGAAGCAAGUGCAUCACCAUUAUUAAUGGUAGAAGGUGCUGGACACAGUGGACAUAAGGCUAUUUCAAGUUUGAACUGCCCACCAUUUCUUGCAGUUGAGGCCUGCAGGGAGCGCUUGGGUGUUCAUCCCUGUGACCGGAGGAGCAGCAUUACAAAAUAUCGUGCUCUCUUUCCUGCCAUUGAUUUUUCCUUGAUAGAGAACAAUGAAGAUGUUCUUUGGGAACCAGAAGUCAGAGAAACAAUUGAAUCUGUUGCUGCUAGGGGCAUGAAGUUUAUUGACUGGUUAUGGACAAGAGAAGAAAAAGACAUAGCUAUUGUCACCCACAGUAGUUUUUUGGAUUUCACUUUAAACAUGUAUGGUAAAGAGUGCCAUCCAGCCAUAGCAGAGGAACAGAGGAAGCGCUUUGCCAAUUGUGAACUUCGCUCAAUGGUGUUGGUUGAUGUAAGUAAGCUUGGAUCAGGAACCCAUACUUGUAAUUUCUCUGGGAAGAUACCAUUCGGACUUGAUCUUCCUAGUGAUGUUGUGGACAAGAAGUGA